AUGAUGCAACAAUACAAUCAUCAAAGAAACUUUCCGAACCCAGAUACUCGACAAGCCGUGGUCUUGAGGGCUGCGCUCCCACAGCAGCCGCCACCACCUCAUAUACAGGCAAGGCCAAAUGUAACGGCAAUCCAGCGAUAUCCUGUGCCCGUUGCAGGUCCGUGGUCGGCAUGGACUCUUGAUGACGAAGGGAGGGGGUUUUACUUUAGAAAUCGAAUAGGCUUCUCAGGCGAAAUGGAAUGGGAUUUUUCCCCGCCGCAGUCUUCUCAUUGCUAUCAAGCCUCUCAAGCAGUUGUACCAGUGCCUCGCGGUUGGCAUCGUUCAUCUCUUGAUACCAGAAUACAGCCGGGCUACCAUCAUUCUUCUCGGCAUCCAGGCAUUGCAGCCCAGAGCAGGUACAAUGUUGAUAGUAGAGCAAUCAUGACCCAGAACGCAGGCUACCCAGAUUGUACGAAACCAAGGACAUCGGGCCCCAGGAUUCCUGCCAUUAUCGAUGUGAACUCACAGAGUAUCAAGGUCAAGCUGCCGAACCAUAAGUCAGGCGGCACGACUUUGAUAUGGGAUCGCAAGCCCGGGCGUUCCCGCAAGUCGAAGAGCACCCCAAACUCAAGGGUGGUGGAAUGGUUACAGAGUGAUUUUGGCGGUUCAUAA